AUGGCACCAAUUGCACUCUUCACAUCCAUGCCUACUCUUCUCCGCCCUCUCCGACCCAUAUCCCACCUCCGAAAUGCCGCCCGCCACCUCUCCGUCCCCUCACGCCCCCAUCGCCCUCCCCGCUCCCAACCCACCGGUCCUCCAAUCCCAAAUACACACCCCACAGCUACCCCGACCCCAACAACCCUGCCACGACCCCGCACCGCCCGCACCACCCUCAGCGUCCUCGUCUUCUUCGCAUCCUGGUUCCCCGCCUUCUCCUUCCUCACCAAUAACGUCUUCUGCAUCAUGAGCGUGACCGGGCCAUCCAUGUCUCCGUUCCUGAACGCAGAUUACAACAGCAGUAUGGCGAGCGAUCGGGUAUGGGUGAACAUGUGGAGGGCGGGGGAAGGGGUGGAGAGGGGAAUGGUGGUCGUGUAUCGGUCCCCGGCGAACCCCGAACGAUUCGUCGUCAAGCGCAUCAUAGGCCUCGAAGGCGAUACUGUCGUCACUAAACCUCCGUACCCGUUCACGCAAGAAGAUGUUCCCUUUGGCCAUGUCUGGAUGGAGGGCGAUCAAUUGGAUGGUAACAAGACUAUGGAUAGUAACCGGGUCGGACCUGUGUCGAAGAGUUUGAUAGUUGGGAGAGUGGAGGGAGUGGUUUGGCCAUGGAGGAAGGCGGGGAGGAUACGGUGGGAGGAUUGGAAGGGGAGUGACAGGGUUAUGGUAGGGAAAGGGACGGUGGAAGAGAUUCAAUUUUUUCAUUGA